AUGGAAGGGGGAGAGGAUAAGGGGGGAGAAGGUAGCCCCGGAGAGCGGCUUCCUCCUUCUUCUGGGCCCCUGGAGCGCCUCUCCCAGGGGAUCCCUGGGGAGCUGCCUCAGGACGGGCCCAGCCUGCAGCAGCCACAGCUCAACCUGCCUCACCGAGAGGACGAGGAAGAGGAGGAUGACGAAGAGGAAGAGGAGUCACAGCGCAGAAAGGGUCAGCCUGAUGGAGUGUUGGAUGAAGACACUGUGGCCGAGGGACUCCACAAGCUGGGGCGCUCAGCCUCUGGUAUCGAAUACGUUUAUCUUAAUCUGUCGCUUUCAGGUCAUGAGUUAAGUGACAUUAACAUUCUCUCCAGCUAUGUUCACCUACAGAGGCUGGAUCUUUCAUAUAAUAAAAUUAAUGAUCUUUCUUGUGUUGGUCACAUGCCUCACUUACUACAACUCAAUGCUUCCAACAAUGACUUGACUACAUAUUUCAAUUUUAAACCACCUAAAAAUCUCAAGGAAGUAGAUUUCUCAAACAAUCAAAUACCUAAAAUGCAAGAUUUGUCAGCAUACCAGUCACUUACUAAACUCUUACUGGAUUUUAAUAACAUAGAGGAGAUAAGAGGACUGGAGAAGUGUCGCAGUCUGACUCAUCUGAGUUUGUCACACAACAGGCUCGUUGCGAUCAGUGGCCUUGAGAACUUACCUAUCAAAAUACUCAACCUGAGCGCUAACCAGAUUGAGAAGAUAACUGGGUUGGACAGCUUGAAAACUCUGCAGAAGCUGGACCUAUCUACGAAUAAAAUAACUAGUCUAGAAGGCUUGGAGGAACACGAUCUGCUAGAGGUGAUCAACCUAGAGAAUAACCAGAUUGCUGAGCUGCGUGAACUUGAAUAUAUUGAAAACCUGCCUCUCCUCAGAGUUUUAAAUCUUUUAAAAAAUCCUGUACAGGAGCAAACAGAUUAUUGGCUCUUGGUGAUUUUCAUGUUGCUCCAACUAACGGAGCUGGAUCUCAAGAAGAUUUCAGUGGAAGAAAAGGUUGCUGCUGUGAAUAAAUAUGAUCCUCCUCCAGAAGUUGUUGCUGCUAAAGAUCAUAUGACUCAUGUCACGAAUAGCAUGCUGCAGACCCAGAGAAUCUUUGACAGCACUUUACCUAGUCUUGAUGCUCCCUACCCCAUGCUGGUAUUAGUUGGCCCCCUAGCCUGCGGUAAGAGAGAGCUUACCCAUAAGAUCUGCAGACAGUUCAACAAUUUCUUCAGAUACGGUCCUUGUCACACUACCAGGGCAGCUUACUUUGGUGAAGAAAACAGACUUGAUUACUAUUUCGUUUCUCAAGAAGAAUUUGACAAAAUGGUGAACACGGGGAAGUUUAUAGCAACCUAUAGAUACAGUGGCUAUUAUUAUGGACUUGGAAGAGACACUAUAGAAUCAAUUGCCAGAGAAGGUCUUGCAACUUGUGUUCACCUAGAAAUAGAGGUAAGGGUUACUUACUGCCUCACCAUUUUUGUAUGA